AUGUCAAAAAAAAAGCAUACUACGUCAAUGGUCGCUGACUCUGAUGCAGUAUCGACUGCUAACACAGAACCAGAAUCCACCAUUGGAGCAUCAGGGACUUGUCAGGUAGGAUCCCUUGUGAGGGUGCUGCCGACACCACCUCAAACUGAAUGCCGUCGCGGUAUUCUGCGUUUUUUUGGGACCACUGAUUUUGCAAAUGGACUUUGGGUUGGAAUAGAGUUAGUUGGCUUGCCUGGACAUAACGACGGAAGUGUAAGAGGGCGCAGGUACUUUACUUGUUCACCCGGGCAGGGUAUCUUCGUGCGACCAAAUUUAAUAGCUCCAUAUGCAGAGGACGAUCAGGAAGAAGAAAGGUCUAGAAGCAAGGGUAUAUCACAAGGAAGGGAUACAGGGGAGGUGCGCAGUGACAAGUUUGAAACGCUAACAGAGAGUUCGAACCGAACAUGGGAUACAAAUGUUACAGGAGUUAAAACCUUUAAAGGUGAGGAAGAGUCCGUUGUGGGGAACUCGAAAGGGACACUAAAACGAAUCGGUAAACGCGAAAAUGAGAAUCAAUUGCAAUGUGCUGCGUGGGGAGCAGACGCAGCACAAGCUUCUGAGCAACCCGAUGCGUGUACAGCAUUGUCGCCAUCCUUGUCAAGUCUCACGGAGCAGUCACAACGAGACGAGGAUGUUAAGACGUCAGAACAUGACAAUACUCCCACAAUAGAAUCGGCGUUGAUGGUUAAAGAAGACGGGUUGCCAUUAUUGGCACCGCUGGGCAACGAAGCAGGGGAAAUUGGGCAACCGCAAGAUGGAGCUAACUCUUCUAGACAAGAACCACGUGUUGGAGAAAACAAAGAGGUUGAAUGUAUGGAAGUUAAUAAUGAGAAAGCGAAUAGUAGUGAUCCUUUGGCCAUUCACUUUGAAGAACGAAGUGACACACCACAAGUAAUAGACAAUGAUUCUCUAAAGAAAUCUUCUAGUUCCAACUCUGGGCAUGUAGUUCAAACAAUAGUAUUAGCGAGAGAACUUGAGGAGUGUAGAAUGACGCUAUCGGUUCCAGGAGAAAAAAUUGUGGAUAUCACUAAGGCGGAUGAGGGCUUUGAAAGAUUUUUGAUGCAGGAAAAUGAUGUAACGCAAGAACGCAUUGGGGAUCUGAAAGCAUGUGUAUCUCCUCUGCGAGAAAAGUUGUGUAUUAAAUGUCGUGAAAGUGAAAAGGUACAGCAAAUUUGUAGUGCCAUUGCCUUAAGAAUAGAAACACUCGAAAAAGCGCUGGGAGAGACGCAGAAUGGGGAAACUAGUAACGCCUACAAGUCUCCUUUUAAGGCACGGGAUAUCAUUUCUGCACUCACACGUGAGCGCGACGAAUUAAGGGAGAUUUGCGACAUUCAAGAAAGUGAACUAAUAAAAGAAAAGGAUCAAUCCGAUGAGUUUAACAAAGUCCUAAAUACCGUUAGCGAGGAACACACCCGUGCCGUCGAGGAGUGGGCCAAGGUAAAAGCCACGUUAGAGAUGCAGCUGCAGCACCUAACACAGCGACUGGAGGAGGCAGAGCUGUGGAGGCAACGCGAUGACGCGCCCCGAGCGUUGUCAGUAUUCGACGCCGUCCCUCACGACACACUACCAGAUGGACUACAGACCCAGCAGGAGGGGUUGAGUCACCGUGCACAGGAACUCUCCCGACAGCUUGACGCGAGUAGUUUGCAGGUAUUACAGCUUCGAAAAGAAAAGGAAGCCAUAGAGAUGCUGCGCAAACGUAGUGAAGUGCUUCGCUCUGAUCUUGAAAAGGCCUUGCAAACCCAGAAACGGCGAGAAAAGGAGGUUGUUCAGAACUACGAAGAUGCUCUUCAGCAGAUGCGCAACAUCAAGGAUAGGGCUCAGGCAGAGUGCAUUUCCUUACGUAAGCAAUUAGAGAGUGUGAGGGCAAAAAGGCAAAACGAUGAAGUGGCUUCUAUUGGUAAGAGUUCAUCGUGUAUUGUAACGCUGACUAAAUGGGAAAGAGAAGAAUACGAAACAAUCAUUCGAAGACAGCAGCGAGCUGUGUGGAGGUUACAGAAGAAGCGUUUUUUUUCAGCCCUUUCUCCAAGCAUCGCAAUCAUUAGAAGCGCACGCCUGAAGGAGGAUACGGCCAUCAAAAAUCUUUUCGCAUUAACUAAUAAAGCACCAAAUGGAAACAGAUUAGCACGGGAGGCACGGGAGGAAGUUAGUUACAUAAAGCAGUCGGUAUAUUUUUCAUCUUCGCUAUUAUCAGAAUCCGCAUCAAAUCCCAUCAUUUCCAAAGAAAUGCCAGCAAGCUGUUUUUUAGACUUUCGCUCAGAAUGA